AUGUUCUUGAGUGUGGGGCUCGCCGAUGACAGCAAGGAGAUAGCAUCCCGUGAGAGGACUCGGAGGGGGUACGGAGGCCGAGACCUCCGUUCCCAGGGACAAGGACCUGUCCUCGUCGUGGUCCAUCGCCGACGGCGGCGCCGGCGCGACUGCCGACGGUUCGCCCAGAAGAUAGCGCACAGUCGACCGCUGUGGACGAGAACUCCGCACAGAAUGACUCUGGAAGGCGAGGUAGCUCGCCGUUUGCGCGCGCAAACAUUGAUUCGCGAUGCGCGGCACGCAGACGCGCCGGCGUCUCCACCGGCUCCAACCCUCAGACUUUCUAUCUCAACUAUCGCCUUACUUUCUCCACAUGUAAGAAGAAGAUAG